UAAGGCAGAUAACAAGCACAUGUUGGCACUCUAUUACCUAAAGCCAACAUUUACUUUCCAGUAUUAUACUUGUAAUCAUAAAAUUUAUAAAUUUAAUUCUAAUUAAAUUUAAUGAAAAUGUUUUUAAAAUGUGUAAUAUUUGCUACGAAUUGUCUAAUUAUGGCGAGCAGUCAAGACACACACAACACACACAAACAUCACAGCAAUUUCUUGGACCCUAAUCUCGACCAUAUAAGGGAAGACGUGAAGGAACAGUACCACAUCGAUCUGGACAGCAAGACACCAGAGAAAGAGUUGGACUUUUAUUACUUCCAAAUGCACGACUUCGACAAUAAUCUUGUCCUGGAUGGUCUCGAAAUUUUAACGGCUAUGAAUCACGUGAUCGAUGAGGACUACCUGCGGGCCAGGGCUGAGUCCACAACAACUCAAUCACCAAAUUUACUAGCUGAAUCCAAUGAUGAGGAGCACGAGGAUCCCAUGGAGUUCUAUAGGAUUAGAGAAAGGUUUAGAACUCAAGUUCGUUGGAACGAUAAGUUUGAUGAAGACUCGAAAGCAAUCGAUAAAUUACUGGAGGAAUACGACAGAGACAACGAUGGCUUCAUUUCGUACUCGGAGUAUAUAAUCGCCAGAAGACAAAAGCAUUAAACAAAUUAAUAGUACUUUGUGUUUAUAGUAUUAAGCCAUAACUAUAAUCAAUAUUCUUUACAACACUAAUGUCUAAACAAGUAGAUUAAAUUUACACAAUAUUCUAACUUUGAAUUAAAUCUGGG